ACCAACAAUAUGAUGAUGGCGCGGUACACCAUUAUCAUAGCCUGUUCAAGGGCGAGGACGGCGAACGUCAUGUUCAAGAAUCCGUGGAGCUGCAACGGACUGCUGUAUCAUGGUAGAGUCGGGCGACAAGCCGUGUCAACCAAAGUGGCGGCAGAAAGAAACAAAGAACGGAGCUUCAUCAUGGUCAAACCUAACGGUGUCCAACGCGGGUUGGUGGGAGAAGUCAUCAAGCGCUUCGAACAGAAGGGUUUCAAGCUGGUGGCCAUGAAGUUUAUGCAGGCUUCUGAAGAGCAUAUGCAGAAGCAUUACACCCACCUGAAGUCAAAGGGAUUCUACGCUGGUCUGUGCAAGUACAUGUCAAGUUCACCUGUCGUUCCAAUGGUGUGGGAAGGUUUGGAUAUGGUGAGGGCCGGACGUGUUAUGCUGGGAGAGACCGACCCUGCUGACUCCAAGCCUGGCUCCAUCCGUGGUGACUUCUGUGUACACGUUGGCAGUAAAAUGGCAGAAAAGAACAAGGAACGCAGCUUCAUCAUGAUCAAGCCCGACGGUGUCCAACGCGGGCUGGUGGGAGAAGUCAUCAAGCGCUUCGAACAGAAGGGCUUCAAGCUGGUGGCCAUGAAGUUCAUGCAGGCUUCUGAAGACCACAUGAAGAAGCACUACAUUGACCUGGCGUCAAAGGGAUUCUACGCUGGUCUGUGCAAGUACAUGUCAAGUUCACCUGUCGUUCCAAUGGUGUGGGAAGGUCUGGGUGUGGUCAAGACUGGACGUGCGAUGCUGGGAGAGACCAACCCUGCUGACUCCAAGCCAGGGACCAUCAGGGGCGACUUCUGUGUACAAAUUGGAAGGAACCUUGUCCACGGUAGCGACUCGGUUGAGAGCGCAAAGAAGGAAAUCGCGCUGUGGUUCAAGGACGACGAGAUCCCGACCUAUACUGCCGGCCAGUACGACUGGGUGUACGAAGACUAGGAUACCACCGUCUUACACAAGCCAAGUCACAGCCUUAGCAGACUCUAGCAGAUUCCCCUACAUUCCUGUAAGCGUGUCUUUGUGUUUUUGUGACGUCCUGUCUUUCAAAAUGAAUAUGUAACACAAGAAUGUACCUUAAAUCUCAGUCUGUAAACUAAUCCCUGGUAUUGCUGCCCACUGUGUGAGCAGACUAGUUCUGAGAAAUCGUGUACUGGAUGACCUGAAGUAUAACUUUAGUCCAGUUCAGUAUCCAAUGUGAGUAGUUUACAGACAAACCACAUCUUGUCUUUGUUCAUUUGAAACUAGGACUACUUCUCAACUUUAUAUGAAACACACUUCAGUCAUUACAGGAAGGGUGUCAUUUGUUGUGCAUGUUACGUACAAAAUGUGUGAUUUGUCGUACAAUGAAUUUCCAGCAUUGAUUUGUGAGUGUACUGCAGGGGUUUGUGUUGGGCCCCAGCUUGGUUUGUGCAAGACUACCGUACAUCAUUAAAGCUAGAUUGCACCUCAGA